UAGUGCUUUAAAUAUUACAUUACAGAGAACCACUUAUAACUUAUGAUAAAGAAAUAGAUAGCAGUGUCCACGAACGGGAGGUAGCAAGCACAAUAGUACGUGGAAUAGUAUAUCAGGUGAUAGAUAAUGCAAUCUCACCGUCGUGGUGGUCUCACUUAUGGUUAAAUAAAGGACUUGCCACUCUUAUUCAUGUGGAAAUUCUCGAUGAGGUUCUUUUAUAUUAGUAACGCAAACUUCAGUAACAUUCGGUUCAUUCAGUCAAAUAAACUUUUCCUUUAUAGAUUUUUCCGAAAUGGCGAUUUCUGGAUUUGUUCGUGGUUCAAGUUCAGCAAGACUGUCUUCGCCUCGACACAAAUUUCAUUAUGAAGCCUCUUUCAUAUGAAGUCCAAACGUCAUCCGAAAUUAAAUCACUUUUCUCUUUUCCAAUUUAUGUCAAAGCACCUGUCAUACUACGCAUGGUACAACAUAUUAUAGGCCACGAGUUUCAAGAGAUUAUCAAGAAUUACCUUAAAUCCUACUACUAUCGAUCUCUUAGUCCUGAUUAUUUAUGGAAUAUGAUGCAAGUUCACAAGAAGAAUCCAAAACUGGGUAACUAUACCAUGAAAGAUAUAAUGGAGACUUGGAUAACACGAAAUAAUCAUCCUAUUGUAUAUGUUUAUCGAAAAGGAAGCAUAUUAUUCAUACGUCAAUCAAAAAAAGUAUUUUACAUCGAUGAUAAAGGCAAUGCCCAAGUGCUACGUCAUUGGUUACCUAUCACUUUUACUACAUGGGAGCAAUUAGACUUCAAUGAUACAACUCCUCGUGAUUGGAUAACUCCGGAUAGCAGUGAAAUAAUUGUCGAACUUAGUAAUAAUACUGGGUGGAUCAUAGUAAAUUUACAACAAACAGGAUACUAUCGUGUAAGAUAUGAUGACACGAGCUUAGAUGAAAUUGCAAAAUAUCUAACGACUAACGAAUAUGAGAAGAUUCAUGUUCUUAACCGUGCUCAAAUCAUCGAUGACACAUAUUAUUUCGUGAAGAGAGGAGUAAUUCCUUACGUUACCGUGUUUAAGAGUCUCAUACGCUAUUUGCACCAAGAGAGGGAUUACGUAGCAUGGUAUCCAAUGUUUCAAAUUUUUAGAGAUGUUUCGAGUUUCUUACCAUUUGAAGAGAUCGAAACUUUAAAGAUUGAUAUGCGCUAUAUCUUGGAAGGUUUGCUCGAAAACUUAACAUACGACGAAAAGUCCGACGAAGACGAUCUUACUAAGUGGUUGCGCCAAGAGGCUGUAAGAUGGGCUUGUAUUUUUGGUGAUACAAACUGUCAUAAAAUUGCUAAGCUAAAGUUGAAGGAACACCUAAAAGAUCCCUUACAUCACAAACUUUCGCCGGAGUGGAGAGAAUGGACGUACUGUAAAGGUGCGAUGGUAGCGAAAAAGAGAGUUUUGAUGCAAUUGGAAAAAUUAUCACGCAGAAAUGAUCAUAAAGUUUUUAAUUAUAUUUCAUGCGUUGAAAAACCUCGUCGUGCUUUCGACAUUUUCUUCAAUUCAGCUCUUAAGUGGAAAGACAGAUAUCCCAAUUUUUUCCAUUAUGCCAUCUUUGUUGAUUAUACAGUGGAACAUAGAGAUGAAAUCAGAAACUUUAUAAAAUUUAUAGAUAUUAUGUACAAGGCUCCAGCUUCAGUUAAAACUAAACUAGUAUUUAUUAUUAUAAAGCAUAUAUUUUCUGAAGCUACACUUCAACGGAUAAGCAUGCAUAUAUUGAAGAAUCCAACAGAAAUAUAUAAUAAUCUUAAUAACGUUAUCAACAGACGCUAUAAACAAAUCAAAGAUCAAAAAUGCAAACUUGACAAGUAUCAAAUAAACAGAUUUGGGAAGUUAAAAAAAUGUUAAAAAACUGGUAAUUGCAUCCGUUGUCAGUGACAGAUAAAUAAAAUGUGUUUAUGCAAAUGUAUUAUAAAUAUUCCUACACGCAUUUGCUCAUUAUAAGGUAGUGCUUAAUAAAUAUAUUUAGUUUAAUCGUUUAUUAGUUAUUAUAGUAUAUUAUUAUAGUUAUUUAUUUGUAUAGUGU